CAGUUUAAGCAGAUUUCCCAAGCCUAUGAAGUACUAUCAGACCCAAAGAAGAGGGAUCUGUAUGACAAAGGAGGCGAGCAGGCCAUCAAAGAGGGUGGCUCAGGUGGUGGUUUCGGGUCACCCAUGGACAUAUUCGAUAUGUUCUUUGGCGGCGGUGGGAGGAUGCAGAGAGAGAGACGAGGCAAAAAUGUGGUCCAUCAGUUGUCAGUAAGUUUGGAAGAUAUGUACAAUGGUGCAACAAGGAAACUUGCACUGCAGAAGAAUGUUAUCUGUGAUAAAUGUGAAGGUCGUGGUGGUAAGAAAGGUGCGGUAGAAUGCUGUCCUAAUUGCAGAGGAACAGGCAUGCAGAUCAGAAUUCACCAGAUUGGGCCAGGAAUGGUGCAACAAAUCCAGUCUGUCUGUAUGGAAUGUCAGGGGCACGGGGAACGUAUCAGCCCCAAGGACCGGUGUAAGAGCUGUACUGGCAGAAAAAUUGUUAGAGAGAAGAAGAUACUAGAAGUUCACAUUGACAAAGGAAUGAAGGAUGGUCAGAAAAUAACAUUCCAUGGUGAAGGGGACCAAGAGCCAGGACUAGAGCCAGGGGACAUUAUAAUAGUCUUGGAUCAAAAAGACCACUCUGUAUUUACAAGACGAGAUGAAGACCUUCUUAUGUCUAUGGAUAUUCAACUGGUUGAAGCACUAUGUGGCUUUCGAAAGCCUAUCACCACGCUGGAUAACAGAACUAUUAUUGUUACCUCCCAUCCUGGCCAGGUUGUAAAGCAUGGGGCUAUUAAGUGUGUGUUGAAUGAAGGCAUGCCAAUUUAUCGCAGACCAUAUGAAAAAGGACGUCUGAUCAUAGAAUUCAGGGUGAACUUCCCAGAGAGUGGCUUCCUCUCCUCAGAUAAGCUGUCUUUACUUGAAAAACUGCUACCUACAAGGCAGGAAAUUGAAGAAACUGAGGAAAUGGAACAAGUGGAUUUAGUGGACUUUGAUCCAUCUCAAAAAAGAAAACAUCACUAUAAUGGAGAAGUCUAUGAAGAUGAUGAGCAUCACCCUAGAGGCGGUGUUCAAUGUCAGACAUCAUAAAUUGGCCAGUGAAUAACUUGUGAUGCUUGUUUUGUAUGCAUUAGUGGAUGAUUGAAGGACUACAAGCAGUUCACCCUCAGUUCCUACUAUUUGUUGUUCUAUCCAGCCAUAGUCAUUUCUAAAAACAAAGAAAUAAACUAAGUAAUUAAACUGA